GCCCUGGUUCUCGUCUGUGUCUUCAACGAGGAUCAGUCCGUGGGUGACAGCUUCACCACUUGUACGGCCUCGCCCUGGUCGCCCCCCUUCGCCACUGACCCCUACCUGCCAGCCCUGUUGGAAGUGCGCUCCUCCAAUGGUAAGAUGGGCUCCAUAACCGAAGGCAAACUGGACUCCGCCCACUCGCUGUGA